GUUUUAAUACUUUCAACACUACUAUAUAACAAAUAAUUUGAGGGUAGGGUAGCUGUAAAAUCGAAGAAGCCAACAUGGCACAAGUGAUGCCUAUCCGGUUUCAAGAGCACUUGCAGCUCACCAAUAUUGGCAUUAACAGUGCCAACAUCGGUUUUUCGAUGAUCACCAUGGAAUCAGAUAAAUUCAUAUGUAUCAGAGAAAAAAAUGGCGACCAGUCCCAAGUAGUAAUAGUUGAUAUGGCAGAUCCAAACAAUCCCAUAAGACGUCCAAUUUCUGCAGAUUCUGCUAUUAUGAACCCCUCAAGUAAAGUUAUAGCCCUUAAAGCUGGUCGGACAUUACAGAUAUUUAAUUUGGAAAUGAAAAGUAAGAUAAAAGCCCACGUAUCAAAUGAAGAUGUCAUCUUUUGGAAGUGGAUCUCAGUUAACACUAUCGCACUUGUAACAGAAAACACCGUCUAUCAUUGGCCCAUGGAAGGGGACGCCCUGCCACAGAAAGUAUUCGAUAGACACAGCACAUUGAAGGGAUGUCAGAUAAUAAACUAUAGGACGGAUGAAGCUAUGAAGUGGCUUCUUCUGGUCGGUAUCUCGGCUCAACAGCAACGUGUGGUGGGAGCCAUGCAGCUUUACUCGGUGGACAGGAAUGUUUCUCAACCUAUCGAGGGACAUGCUGCUGCUUUCGUCCCUUUCACGGUUGAAGGCAACAAAAACCCCAGCAACAUAUUCGCUUUCUCAGUCAGGAAUCAGACGGGCGGUAAACUUCACAUCAUAGAGGUUGGUGCACCCGCAGAAGGAAACACUGCUUUCACCAAGAAGACUGUUGAUGUUUUCUUCCCUGCUGAGGCUCCCAACGAUUUCCCGGUUGCAAUGCAGGCGAGCAAGGAGCACGGUUUACUUUACAUGAUAACGAAAUACGGGUACAUCCACCUGUACGACAUAGAGACCGGGACCUGUAUCUACAUGAACCGUAUCUCCGGGGACACUAUAUUUGUGACAGCCCCUCAUGAAGCAAGUAACGGAAUUGUGGGAGUCAACAGGAAGGGCCAGGUACUAUCAGUCAGCAUAGAUGAGGACAAUAUAGUUGGUUACAUUACCAACCAAUUGAAGAACCCGGAACUCGCCUUGAAGAUCUCUGUGCGCUGUAACCUGGCAGGAGCUGAGGAACUGUUUGUCAGAAGGUUCAACAUGCUGUUCGGACAGGGCCAGUACUCUGAAGCUGCCAAAGUUGCUGCCAGUGCUCCAAAGGGUAUAUUGAGAACACCUCAAACGAUCCAAAGAUUCCAGCAAUGUCCAGCACAACCUGGCCAAGCUUCUCCUUUACUCCAAUACUUUUCUAUCCUCUUGGAAACCAGCCAACUCAACAAAGCUGAAUCUCUGGAGCUCGCCAGACCUGUUCUCCAGCAAGGCCGAAAUCAACUCCUGGAGAAAUGGCUCGUUGAAGGAAAGCUCGAAUGCAGUGAAGAAUUGGGGGAUCUCAUCAAAGCUCACGACUCAACUCUUGCUCUGUCCGUCUAUCUGAGGGCUAAUAUCCCGCAAAAGGUCAUUAUCUGUUUUGCCGAGACAAACCAGUUCCAAAAGAUCGUUUUGUAUGCGAAGAAAGUCGCCUACACUCCUGACUAUAUCUUCCUUCUGCGUAAUGUGAUGCGGGGUAAUGUAGAGAAUGGUGCUGCUUUCGCCGGUAUGCUCGUUCAGGAUGAUCCUCCUCUAGCUGAUAUUGAGAGUAUUACAAAUGUGUUCAUGGAACAGAACCUAAUACCUCAAUGCACAUCAUUCUUGCUUGAUGCUCUGAAACACAACAAGCCUGAAGAAGGACAUCUCCAAACCAGACUUCUUGAGAUGAACUUGAUGAGUGCCCCACAGGUAGCCGACGCUAUUCUUGGGAACCAGAUGUUCACCCACUACGAUCGAGCCCACAUUGCCCAGCUUUGUGAGCAGGCUCAGCUUCUUCAGCGUGCUCUCGAGCAUUACACCGACAUCUUCGACAUCAAACGUGCCAUUGUGCACACCCAUCUUCUCAAGCCGGAGUGGCUGGUGGAAUACUUCGGUUCACUCAGCGUCGAUGACAGUUUGGAAUGUCUGAAAGCCAUGUUGACUGCCAAUCUUCGACAAAACCUACAAAUCUGCGUUCAGAUAGCUGGAAAGUACCACGAACAGCUGGGUACCACCAAGCUGAUCGAGCUCUUUGAAAGCUUCAAGAGCUUCGAGGGACUUUUCUACUUCCUGGGAAGUAUCGUGAACUUCAGCCAAGAAGCGGAGGUGCACUUCCGGUACAUACAGGCGGCCUGUAAAACUGGUCAGAUCAAGGAGGUUGAGAGAAUCUGCAGAGAGAGCAGCUGCUACGAUCCUGAGAGGGUGAAGAACUUCUUGAAGGAGGCUAAACUCGCCGAUCAGCUUCCGCUCAUAAUCGUCUGUGACAGGUUCAACUUUGUUCACGAUUUGGUGAUGUAUCUGUACAAGAACAAUUUGCAGAAAUACAUUGAGAUCUACGUCCAGAAAGUCAAUCCCUCCCGUCUUCCCGCGGUUGUUGGUGGACUUCUUGACGUUGACUGCGCUGAAGACAUCGUCAAAAACCUGAUCCUAACAGUCCGAGGACAGUUCUCUACAGACGAGCUAGUAGAGGAGGUUGAGAAGAGGAACCGUCUGAAACUGCUCAUGCCCUGGCUGGAGGGGCGGGUCCACGAGGGAGUCAACGAGCCUGCUACUCACAACGCUCUUGCUAAGAUCUACAUUGAUAGCAACAAUAACCCGGAGAGGUUCCUGAAAGAAAACCAGUUCUACGAUAGCGAGGUUAUCGGGAAGUAUUGCGAGAAAAGGGAUCCUCAUCUGGCAUGUGUUUCUUACGAGAGAGGUGGUUGCGACAUGGAGCUCAUCAGGGUGUGUAACGCGAACUCGCUGUUCAAAUACGCAGCCAGACAUCUGGUACGAAAGAGGGACCAACCACUGUGGGAACAUGUCCUGAACCCAGAGAAUACCUUCAGACGUCCUCUAAUUGACCAGGUCGUCCAAACAGCUCUGAGUGAGACCCAGGAUGCUGACGAUGUCUCCACCACUGUCCGUGCCUUCAUGGCUGCUGACCUGCCCAACGAGCUCAUCGAGCUUCUGGAGAAAAUUGUCCUGGAAAAUUCUGUAUUCAGCGAUCACAGGAACUUGCAGAACUUACUGAUCUUGACGGCUGUGAAAGCUGAUCCUACAAGAGUUAUGGAGUACAUCACCAGGCUGGAUAACUACGAUGCUCCUGACAUUGCUAACAUCGCAAUCACCAAUCAGUUGUUCGAGGAAGCCUUCGCUAUCUUCAAGAAAUUCGAUGUUAACACAUCUGCCGUCCAAGUGUUGAUUGAGCACGUAAAGAAUCUAGACCGAGCGUACGAGUUUGCUGAGAGGUGCAAUGACCCAACUGUAUGGUCUGAGCUUGCCCGGGCUCAGCUAAACUCUGGAGCUGUUAAAGACGCCAUCGACUCCUUCAUCAAGGCUGAUGAUCCUUCUGCGUAUCUAGAUGUUAUUGAAGCAGCUAGAGCAAAUGAUGGUUAUGAAGACAUGGUGAGAUACCUGCAGAUGGCUCGCAAGAAGGCCAGAGAAGCUAUCAUCGAGACCGAGCUGGUGUUCGCUUACGCUAAAGUUAACCGUCUUGCUGAUUUGGAAGAGUUUAUCUCCUCUCCAAACAUUGCCCAGAUCCAACAAGUAGGAGAUAGAUGUUAUGAUGAGGGCUUGUACGAGCCUGCCAGGAUUCUCUACAACAAUGUCAGCAACUACGCUCGUCUUGCAUCAACUCUCGUUCAUCUGGGAGAAUACCAGGCCGCCGUGGACGGAGCUCGCAAGGCAAACAGUACCAAGACAUGGAAAGAGGUUUGUUUCGCGUGUGUUGAGGCUGGAGAAUUCAGGAUGGCUCAGAUGUGUGGUCUUCACAUUGUGGUCCACGCUGAUGAGCUUGAGGAACUGAUUGGACACUACCAGAGCCGGGGCUUCUUCCAGGAGCUUAUCCAGCUGCUGGAGGCUGCUCUGGGUCUGGAACGAGCUCACAUGGGCAUGUUUACCGAGCUGGCUAUCUUGUACUCCAAAUACAACACCCCUAAGAUGAGGGAACAUCUCGAACUGUUCUGGUCUCGUGUCAACAUCCCCAAGGUAUUGAGAGCAGCUGAACAAGCCCACUUGUGGCCGGAACUUGUCUUCCUGUAUGAUAAGUACGAAGAGUACGAUAACGCUAUCCAGACCAUGAUGAGUCAUCCUACCCAAUGCUGGAAAGAAGCCAUGUUCAAGGAUAUCAUCACCAAAGUUGCUAACAUCGAACUAUACUACAAAGCCUUAUCUCACUACCUGGAGUUCAAGCCAAUGUUGCUGAACGACCUCCUAUUGGUCCUUACUCCCCGGCUCGACCACACUCGUGCUGUGGGAUACUUCCAGAAGGUUGGCCAACUGUCUCUGGUUCUGCCCUACGUCAAGAGCGUCCAGUCUCACAACAACAAAGUAAUUAACGAAGCCCUCAACAACAGUUACAUCGAAAACGAAGAUUACGACAGCCUACGGGAGUCAAUCGACAACUUCAACAACUUCGACAACAUCGCACUGGCUCAGCGCAUGGAGAAACACGAGCUCAUAGAGUUCCGGCGAAUUGCAGCUUACCUCUUCAAGAUGAACAACAGAUGGAAGCAGGCUGUGGAACUGUGCAAAAAGGAUCACCUCUACAAGGACGCGAUGGAGUACGCAGCGGAGUCACGUGACACCGAGAUUUCAGAGACUCUGAUGGGAUGGUUCCUGGACAACGAGAACUACGAGAGCUUUGCAGCUGGAACCUUUGUUAUGUACGACAUGUUGAGACCUGAUGUCAUAUUGGAGCUCGGCUGGAGACACAACAUCAUGGACUUUGCCAUGCCUUAUCUUAUCCAGUGUGUACGAGAGUACACUCUCAAGGUUGAUAAGUUGGAAGUGUCAGAUGAAACGAGGACGAAGGAAGCGGAAACAAACAACCAGCAGCCACUAGUACUCGAGAGUCAACUGGCUAUAGGAUAUUAUUCUAGCUGAAGCUUUGGGAACAACUGAUGAUAACGAGCGGCCCGGCCCCAUACAGUCCAAUGCCAGGAAUGUACGCUGCACCCCCACAGCAGAUGCAGCAGCAGAUGCCUCAACAGCAGAUGCCCCAACAACUCUACAACGGCGGCUACGUAGGCACCAUGUGAUCCGGACUUGUGUGACGUCACUAGAGGAGGGGGGAUCAGGUGAUCGCCACACGUGGGAUCACACCACGACACACAUCAAGGAGACUGGUGAUCAGAUCACGUGGUCUGUAGCCACGUGGUUUGUAGUCACGUGGUCCGAUGGUGUGUAGGAUGAGAGGACAAUAUGUGCAUGUGUGAGCUGGACUCGCGACGCCCCUUACGUUUAUAUAUACCCUUUAGAUACUGAGUACUACUAUGUUAUACAUUUGUUGUAUAUAGUAUGAUGUAUACUAUAGUUACUGCACUAAAUGUAUAGUAUAUUUACAUGAGAUUCGUUUGUGUGUGACACUCGAAAGGCGAGGAUGUUCAAAUUAUGUGGACUGUAUUAUUAUUAUCGUUAAUUUAGUUUUUGUGUCGUGGUAUCAAAAUUAAUUUAGUUUUUCAUUUCAAAUACAUGACGUUGAUGUUGUAUAAAGAUAUGCUAGUAAGUAGUGUUACUGUUACGAUAUAUAAUUUGGAUGAAGGUAUAUGCGUGGGGAACACCUACGCAUAAUAUGACUCUCGUUAAAUAAUGGUAAAUUACUAUUUUGAUAGCAUUUGGUUUUUAAUAAGUAGUAGCGGUUCUUGUGACUGAAGAUUGUCAUGCCGUUCGUACUUCAUUUGAAGCUAAAGGACGAAUUUAUUAAAAAUCGAAUUUACCCUGAUCAUUUGCGAUGCUUUUAUGAGUUAUCUAGGUGUUUUAUUAUUAAGCUGCAGAUAACGGACGCAGCAAUGCAUUUUAAAAAUAUUUCUGUUAUGGCAAGAGUUACAUUCCUUGUCUGUAUAGUAAUUUAUACUGUACCCUUAUUAAGAGGAAAUAUGGUAGGAAUCGAGGAGCAAAUUUUCUAUUUCGUCGCUAACUUUGGUCACAUUUUCCUUCUCGGUAUGUUACAUUGUACUUGUUAAAUGAACGUUGAGAUUAUGUCAUGAUGAUUUGUUUUGACGUCAUGUUCAGUGCGGUGAAGCUAAUCGAAUAAAUGAAAUUAUGAUCAAAGACUUGUAUUAGCUUUUGUUUUGGAAUCAAGGCCUUUUUCCAGUUAAAUUAGUGUUAGGAACAACAUAAUUGAUAAUUCAUUGAAUGAGUGCGGCAAACAUCUUUUAAAUAAGAUGAAAUAUUACUAAUUAAAAUUGUGUUGUGAUUCUCUUACAUUUAUCAUUGAAA